GAUAUGGCAACUCGCGAGUCACAUUUCAUGAUCGUGUCAAGCUUAAGCUUGUAAACCAUGGCACUCUUUCUCCUUGACCAUGGUGCAGGUAACGUCCAGAGCCUGGCUAAUUCAAUCAAGAAACUUGGUUAUGAUUUCUCGUGGAUAUCCAGUCCAGACGACUUCCACAAAGCAUCUAUCCUCGUAUUUCCAGGGCAGGGUGCUUUCCACACUGCGAUCGAGUGUUUGACAGAGCGUGGUCUACUUGAACCCCUCUAUGACUACAUUCAAUCUGGCAAACCGUACUUCGGCAUAUGUAUUGGGAUGCAGGUCCUCUUUGCAUCAUCUGUAGAAUCCCCAUCGACGCUUGGUCUAGGUCUCAUACCCUGUCAAAUGGAACGAUUCGAUGAUACCACUAAACCAGUUCCUCACAUGGGCUGGAAUACCGCUGAACCCAUAGACCCCGACACCCUAUCCUCAGAAGGUGUUUCUUCUUCAGAUCACUAUUAUUUCGUCCACUCGUAUCAUGCCAAAUAUGACCCAGAAGGCAAUCCUGAGGCUGCAAUAUGGGCGCACUCAACUACCCAAUACGGGCAGGAAGUAUUUAUAUCCAGCGUUCGAAAAGGCAAUGUAUUUGGUGCUCAAUUCCAUCCCGAAAAAUCCAGUGUUGCUGGACUCACUGUUAUCGACGCUUGGAUAAAGCAGUCUUUGGCAGGUCGCAUACCAGCCGAACCAUCACCUCGGAUUCCACGCCCUCCUAAACCGAAACACAGCUUCACUAGACGCAUCAUCGCUUGCAUGGAUGUUCGUGCGAACGAUGAAGGCGAUCUUAUCGUGACUAAGGGAGAUCAGUAUGACGUCCGCGAGAAGUCUCUCACAUCAACGCCACUAUCAAGCACUACUGCUGUCAAAACUGCCGGCGCCGUCCGCAACCUUGGAAAGCCUGUCGCACUAGCAUCCCGCUACUUCGAGUCAGGCGCCGAUGAGCUGUGUCUCCUUAAUAUCACUUCCUUCCGUCACUCCCCCCUCCGGGAUCAGCCAAUGCUCGCGGUUGUGCGGGCUGCAGCAGAGCGUGUAUUCGUACCGCUUACCAUCGGAGGGGGUAUCAAAGAUACAGUCGACCCUGAUGGCACGAAACGCUCUGCUGUCGAGGUCGCUGGUGCAUAUUUCCGAGUCGGCGCUGACAAGGUCAGCAUCGGUUCUGAAGCAGUCUACGCUGUUGAGAAAGUUCGCGCAGCGGGCGGUAGAUUGGACGGCAGCAGCGCCAUCGAAACUAUUUCGAAGGUAUAUGGGUCUCAAGCCGUCGUCGUGUCCAUAGACCCCAAAAGAGUAUACGUCGAUCCCGCCACAUAUGAUGGCCCCUACAAGGACGAGCUUGUGCAUGGUCGUCCAGACGGUCCCGAAAAUGAGCGGGGCAAAGCUUGGUGGUACCAAUGUACCGUGUCAGGUGGUCGUGAGACUCGCCCUGUGUCAGUUGUGCAACUUGCACAAGGUGCACAGAUCCUUGGCGCUGGCGAGAUUCUUUUAAAUAGCAUCGAUCGCGAUGGAACAGGCCUCGGCUUUGACCACGACUUGAUCGGGCUUGUGAAGCGCGCAGUGACUAUUCCUGUUGUUGCGAGCAGUGGGGCAGGGACCAAGGAACAUUUUGUGAGCGUGUUUAUUGAGACGGGCGUGGAAGCUGCUCUUGCCGCUGGGAUAUUCCAUCGGGAGGAAGUUGGAAUACCGGAAGUCAAAUUAGCUUCGAGGCAGGCGGGUAUCAACAUCAGAUCAUAAAGAAGAUAUCUAAAAUUAUAGACGAGCUGUUCAUACUGUAGCUGUGAUCAAGGGGUUCGUACUGUGUGAUCUUUAAUCUAUACUUUUCCAUAGAAG